AUGGGGGCACGUGACAGUACCAGAGUAAACAACGUCAACACGGUCGUUCGCUGCGCUCAAUCCGUGUCUCACAUAAGGACAACGCUUCUGCCGCGGGGACCAGGCGGCUUUAUACGACGAAAGGCUUCAUCUGAUGCCGUCCGUCCGUCUUUCAGCAGCCAUUUUACUUUUAAUCCGGGGGCAUGUUCGCCAACGAGGUGCUACAACGCGGUGUCGUGUCACUCGAGUCCUCGUUUCAACCUCGGUCCAUGCUCCUCUGGCGAUCCGCUUCCGAAGUGCGGUGCUGCUAUGAUCUCUAAAGCUGCUGCCAACGUCGAAUCAACACCGUCGAAAGUUGCCAGUCCGUGCAAUUUCGUCUGGAUUUCGAAUGCGCUACCUGCCAACCGCUUGCAGCCAACGUAA